AUGGGUGUGCUUGCAGCCCAGCGAUCGUCUUCGCGCGGUCUUGCUCGCGCCGCCGUCGCCUCCCAGCGAUGGCUGAGCACCGCUUCGGCUUCCCGCGUCGCUACCGUCUCAUCCGCUUCUUCCACUCAGGUCGAGUCGACCAAGGCGCGUGCUGCUUCCGCUGCGCCUGCCGUUCGAGCCUACUCUAGCGCUGCCGCUCGCGAGAACGCUUACGACCGAGAGACCAUCACUCGUCUAUUGUACUCGCUCGCCUCGCGCAAGGAGGUCGAGCGCUACCUGCGCAUCUUCUCCGCCGCCGACAAGUUCGCCGUCAUCAAGGUCGGCGGUGCCAUCCUCACGCACCAGCUCGAGGAGCUCGCCCUCAGCCUGUCGUUCCUGCACCGUAUCGGUCUCUACCCCAUCGUUCUCCAUGGUGCCGGUCCUCAGCUCAACGAUCUUCUCGAGAAGGAGGGCGUCGAGCCCGACUACAUCGACGGCAUCCGCAUCACCGACGCCAAGACGCUCAAGGUGGCCCGCCGCGUCUUCCUCGAGGAGAACAUGCGUCUCGUUGAGAAGCUCGAGUCGCUCGGAAGCCGCGCUCGCCCCAUCCCCAUCGGCACCUUCACCGCCGACUACCUCGAUAAGGACAAAUACGGCCUGGUCGGAAAGAUCACCAAGGUGGACAAGGAGCCCAUCGAGAGCGCCAUCCGCGCCGGCUGCCUGCCCAUCCUCACCUCGCUCGCCGUGACCCACGACGGCCAGAUCCUCAACGUCAACGCCGACGUCGCCGCCUCGGAGCUGUCCAAGACGCUCGAGCCGCUCAAGAUUGUCUACCUCAACGAGAAGGGCGGUCUCUACCACGGCAAGACCAAGGAGCUCAUGGAGGUGAUCAACCUCGACGAGGAGUACGACGACCUGAUGAAGGAAGAGUGGGUCAAGUACGGCACCAAGCUCAAGCUGCGCGAGAUGAAGGAGCUGCUCGACCACCUGCCCCGCUCGUCGUCGGUGGCCAUCAUCUCGGUGGACCAGCUGCAGAAGGAGCUCUUCACCGACAGCGGUGCCGGCACGCUCAUUCGACGCGGCUACAAGCUGUACCGCAAGAACAGCAUCGAGGAGGUGGGCGCCGAACGCAUCCGUCAGGUGCUCAAGGAGAACGACGACGAGAUCAAGGACGGACGCAAGUCGGUCGCCGAGUUCUUCUCCGAGGUCUCGCAGCACCCGUACACUGUUUAUGGUGACGAGCCGUUCGACUGCGUUGCGUUUGUCUCGCAGCCCGAGGGUGAGGUGCCUAUCCUGCAGAAGCUCGUCACCACCCGCAACGGCGUGCUCAACGGUGUCAACGACAACAUCUGGAAGCAGAUCCGCAAGGAUCACAAGCGAUUGGUGUGGACCAGUCGCGCGGAUGACGACCAGCGCGCUUGGCACUACGAGCGUGCCGACGGCUCGUUCACGCGCAACGGACGCUCGCUCUUCUACUACGGCAUCCACGACGUUGCCGAAGUCGAGACGAUUGUUCGCAACCUGGAGGAGAAGAGCCGGAUCGAGCGCGCUUACCUUCCGCUCAAGCCGGCCAAGCCUGCGCCGAGCGGCACCAGGGCGUACUCGACCAUGGCUCGACCUGGGCUCACCUCUUCGCGCGUGAUGGGCGGUCGUCGUGGGUACGCUACCGCCGUCGAACGCUCCGGACCUCUGCCCGGCACUACGACCGACAAGAAGCGCGUCGCCCUCAUCGGCGCCCGCGGCUACACGGGCCAAUCGCUCAUCGCACUGCUCAACAACCACCCGCACAUCGAGCUCUCCCACGUCUCGUCGCGCGAACUCGCUGGUCUGCCGUUGAACGAGUACACCAAGACCCAGGUCAAGUACUCCAACAUCGGCGUGGAGGAUCUGAAGAAGCUCGAGCGCGGGGAGGGACCCGGUGCGCCACCUGAUGCGUACGUCAUGGCGCUGCCCAACGGCGUGUGCAAGCCGUUCGUCGAGGCGGUUCAGGAGGGCGGAAGGGACAAGCCCAAGGGUCAUGGUGUGAUUGUGGAUCUGUCUGCGGACUAUCGGUUUCAGGAUGAGUGGACGUAUGGUUUGCCAGAGAUCUACGGUCGCAAGCAAGUCUCCUCCUCACGACUGAUUUCGAACCCCGGUUGCUACGCUACGAACAACCAAGCGCUGAUCGCGCCCCUUCUGCCGUAUCUGGACCUAGCUGCGGGUCCGACGGUGUUUGGUGUGUCGGGGUACAGUGGUGCGGGAACCAAAGCAUCCGAGACGCCAUCUGGCGAGAAAAAGACGGUUCCCAAGAUCACCCCCGAAGACCUGGCGGGGGGGAUUCGAGCGUACUCCCUUACGGAUCACAUCCACGAGCGCGAAGCCGGACAUCAACUCUCACGCCUCCACCCCGAUGGAGGACCCGUGAAGGUGGCCUUCAUCCCCCACGUCGCACCGUGGUUCCAGGGCAUCAUCUCCACCCUCUCCGCCCCCCUCAAGGAGAAAAUGACCAGCAAACAGGUUAAGCAACUCUACGUCGACUUUUUCGCCAACGAACCCCUCGUCAAAGUCCAAGACAAGGUGCCCGAGGUGAAAGACAUUCAGUUGCAACACGGCUUGAAGCUCGGCGGCUUCCAGGUGCACUCCGAUGGUAAGAGGGUCGUGGUUGUUGGUGUGAUCGAUAACUUGCUCAAGGGCGCAGCGACGCAGUGUCUGCAGAACUUGAACAUCGCACUGGGCUACGAGGAGCUCGCAGGCAUCCCAGAGGUCAAGUAG